AAAUUUUUCUGGCUCCACUAUAUCAGAAUUUGCAAAAGCCUUGAAUUCUUCAAAGAAGUCUAGAUGGCCUAACUUUUCUAACAAUCCAAAUGUUGCUGUACAUCCAUUAGAUAAAUUCUCUUUUAGAUUUUCAAUAUAUGAACUCUCUGUUAUAGAUUGUUCUUUUGAAGA